CAUCCGAGAGGUCAUUCUGAGACACAAAGAAAUCGCGUAAGCCAGUCCAUUUUCUGAUACACUUGUGUCGUGAGCACGUGUUUUGAGGUAAAAACUUAACAGUGGAAAUGAAAACCGUUGUAGUUUAUAGCGAGGAAGACUUUAUUUACGUUACAAUAUCGAAUAAUAAGAACAAAUAUGGUGAUGUGUUCGCAGAGCUUUGAGGACUUCCAGAAAAAAAAUGGGUCGCAUUUUUCUGGACCAUAUUGGAGGCUCUCGUCUUUUCUCAUGCGCUUCUUGUGAUACGUUCCUCACAAACAGAAGUGAGCUAAUUAGCACGAGAUUCACUGGUGCGACUGGUAGAGCAUUCCUCUUCAAUAAAGUGGUGAAUCUCAACUACAGUGAGGUGCAGGACCGCGUCAUGCUGACUGGUAGACACAUGGUUCGCGAUGUGUCCUGCAAGAAUUGUGAUGCCAAGCUGGGUUGGGUGUACGAAUUUGCCACCGAGGAGAAUCAGCGCUACAAGGAGGGGCGCGUCAUUCUCGAGCGUGCACUUGUAACAGAGAGCGAUGGUAUGGAUGAGCACGUCGGUGACAACUGAUGUGCUGUGAGAACCGUACCACUAAAAGACAUCAUAGCUGGUGGAAAAAGGAAAUAUUGGACAGUGACCGCUAUGUUCACAAAAAAUUAAAGAUCCUUAACCACAGUAAUUAGAUGUCAAAAUUGAAGAAAUGUUCUGCCAGAUGUAUGAUUGGCUGCACUGAACUUCCAAAUAAACUGGUGUAAUCUAAUUCUGUGAUCUGCUACCCGUUGUUAACGCUGACGAAGCACUUUACAGGUAGUGCCAAAAAAAUGUUUUUAACAUUUUUAAUAUUUUGGAUUGUCACUUGCCUCUGUGACUAAAAUUAGACAAUAGCUCUACACAGCUUUCACCAAAUUCUUCACGCACGAAAUAAGUCGUUAGAGGAGUGUAGAGAAAUUUCUAUGCCUCAGCUGAUGGUUUACUGUUUCACUUGCCUAUGCCAGUAUUUGUGUUGUGUGAAAUUUUGCUGAUAUCGCAGGAGCUUAGGAAGUCAUCCAGGAAGUCU